AUGCACUGCGACGGCUGCGCGCACCGCAUCCGCGCCUCCGUCCGCCGCUUCCCAGGGGUGGAGGGCGUGGCCAUGGAGGUGGACAAGGGGUCCAUGACCAUCGUCGGCCGCUUCGACGCCAAGAAGCUGCGGGACCGCGUCGCCGCCAAGACCAGGAAGAAGGUCGAGCUCGUCGGCGGCAAGGACAACAAGGGCGGCGGCGGCGGGGACAAGGACAAGUGCGCCGACGGUGGCGGGGACAAGAACAAGUGCGCCGACGGCGAGGGCAAGAAGGAGGAGGAGAAGAAGGAGCAGGACGACAAGUGCGGCGGCGGCGGCAAUGCCGGGAAGGGGAAGGGCGGCAAGGACAACAAGAAGCCGGCCGUGCCGGUGAUCGUGACGGUGGUGCUCAAGAUCGGCUCCGCCGGCCUCCACUGCGACGGCUGCAUGCACCGCAUCCGCUGCAAGCUCUUCAAGAUCAAAGGCGUGGAGCAGGUGAAGAUGGACCCGGCCAAGAACCAGGUGACGGUGACGGGCACCAUGGACGCCAAGGCUCUGCCGGAGAAGCUCCGCAAGAAGCUGCGCCGGCCCGUGGAGGUGGUGGCGCCCGGCAAAGGGGACAACAAGGACAAGGAGAAGGAGAAGGACGGGUGCAACAAGGACGGGAAGCAGCAGCAGCAGCAGCAGCAGGGGGGCGACGGGAAGCAGUGCAAGGAGGCGGCGGAGAAGGCGCUGGCGGCGGAGCUGCAGCUGUGGAAGACGGCCUUCUACGACCAGCAGGCGAUGCAGGCCACCGAGUUCCUCCUCAGCGACGAGAACCCCAACGCCUGCGCCGUCAUGUGA